GGGUUGGCCUACGCAUUUUACAUUACGAUUUAUAACCUCUUCUUUCACCCCCUUCGUAACUAUCCUGGACCAUGGCUUUGGGCAGCGUCAGACAUUCCAUACUCUUUAGUAUCAAUCAGUGGCAAUGCCCAUAAGAAAAUGCUCCAAAUUCACAUCAAGUAUGGACCAAUUGUGCGCGUUGGUCCCAAUACUGUGUUUUACAGUCACCCAGAUGCCUCCAAGGAAAUUCGUGGUCACCGGAAAGGCAAAGGGGUGGAGCACCUGAAAGAUCCUCACCUACACUCUGGCAAUCAAAGCAAUGCUAUUGGUGCAAGCCGGGAGAAUCAUGUUCGAUACCGACGAAACUUAUCCUACGGAUUUUCGCAUCAAGCAAUGCUGGAUCAAGAACCAAUCAUCAAUAGAUACAUCAAUACGCUAUUGACGGAACUCAAAGCACGAUGCGCAAACCACGAGAAAGUUGAUGUCGUUAGGUGGUACAAUUAUACAACAUUUGAUAUCAUUGGGGAUCUGGCUUUUGGUGAGCCCUUCUACUGUCUCGAAAAAUCGGAUUACCACCCGUGGGUGGCACUUAUCUUUUCUGGCGUCAAAAAUAUGUCAUUCAUUUCUGUUUGCUCAAAGUUCGGAAAGCUUGGCAUGUUACUCGCAUUGCUUUUUGUGCCCAAAGAUUUACCGGCAAAGGGUAGAGAACACCGAAGGUUGUCUAUCGAGAAAACACGCAGGAGACUUGAUUCGGGAUCAAGCCGGCCAGACUUUAUGACGGCUUUGACAACUACUCGAGGGUCUGCAGAGGAACUAUCAUUUGAAGAAUUGGUAUCAAACGCCAGUCUGCUUAUCGCUGCUGGUUCGGAGACAACUGCCACAGCUUUGUCAGCGGCAACCUACUAUCUUGGAAUAUAUCCGGAAACCUUCAAGAAGCUAGCUGCUGAAAUUCGUUCAGCGUUUCGUUUAGAGGAAGAUAUAACCUUGACUAGUGUGCAGCAUCUGAAUUACUUGCAAGGCGUGAUUGAUGAGGCGAUGAGGUUAUAUCCUGCAGCGCCUGGCACCCAGCCUCGCAUCAUUUCACCCGGUGGCGACGUAAUUGUCGGCAAAUAUGUUCCAGCUGGUACCAUCGUUGGAGUAUGGCAAUGGGUGAAUCAUCAUAAUCCCGCCCAUUUUCGUGACGCUGAAUCUUUUAUCCCGGAGCGAUGGCUUGGUGAUGCACGCUUCGAGAAUGAUAUAAGAGACGUGUUCAUGCCGUUUUCUGUUGGGCCGCGAAACUGCAUUGGACACAAUCUUGCGUAUGCAGAAAUGAGGUUGAUUCUUGCAAAGGUUGUUUGGAAUUUCGACAUAGAGCUGUCAGAAGAAAGUAUUGGGUGGGAUGCAAGAAGUAAAGUAUAUAUGUUGUGGGAGAAGGGCCCCAUAAACGUGCAGCUUACAAAGCGAGAUGGUAUCUAA